AUGGACAAGCUUCGUCUUCCGACCUUCGACGGCGUUUCUGACCCUUCUGCCCAUGUCACGUCGUUCAACAUCGUGAUGCGACGCGUAAACCUCUCUGACGAAGAAAAGGGCGCCGACUUUUGUCGACUUUUCGUCGAAACCCUAGAAGGAAUCGCUCUCAACUGGUUCACCGGCCUCCAAGAAAACUCCGUCAACAGUUUUCACGACCUCUCGACGGCUUUCCUCAAGAACUAUAUCAUGUUUACUCGCCAGGAAGCCACCGCUACGGAUCUCUGGAACCUCAAUCACGCCAAUGGGCAAAGCCUCAAAGGUCGACGUACCGGACCACUCGCGAAGUACAGUGAUGAAAAAUGCGAAGAAGCUUUCAAUCAGUUCAAACAUUACCUCACGACGCCUCCGGUUCUGUCGAAGCCCGAGGUCGGUGACACCCUAUCCCUAUAUAUCGCCGUCACUUCCUCGGCGGUCAGUAGCGUACUCAUACGAGAGGAUCGAGGUGAACAGAAACCUAUUUUCUACAUCAGCAAACGCAUGACAGAACCAGAAACGAGAUACCCAACCUUGGAGAAGAUGGCUAUCGCCAUCAUCACCUCGGCCAGAAAACUCAGGCCUUACUUCUUGUCGCAUACCAUCGAAGUACUCUCCAACCAACCCCUUAGGACGGUGACGGAAAACACCAACCAAUCAGGAAGACUAACUAAAUGGGAAGUGGAACUAAGCGAGCACGACAUCAUGUACAAAAAUCGCACAGCAGCGAAGUCACAAGUCCUUGCUGAUUUCUUAAUCGAGUUAACGCCGGAGCUAGAACAAAAUCUUGUACUACCAAGCCUAAACUGGAUACUACACGUAGAUGGGUCGUCUACGAACAAAGGUUCAGGGGCAGGCGUACAGUUACAGUCGCCUACAGGCGAUCUAAUCCGACAGUCGUUCAGUUUUGGUUUCGCGGCAUCCAACAAUGAAGCCGAAUACGAGUCCCUCAUCGCAGGCCUCCGUCUCGCUAAAGCAGUCAAAGCCAAACGAAUCAGCGCGUACUGUGAUUCCCAGCUCGUGGUGAGUCAGUUUCUCGGAGACUACGACGCCAGGAACGAUAGGAUGGAUGCCUACCUGAAGCUCGUCAAAGACCUCACACAAGAUUUUGAGUUCUUUGAACUCACGAAGGUUCCUCGCGGAGAGAACGUAUGCGCAGACGCUCUUGCAGCCCUCGGAAGCAAGCUACACGACCAAGUGAAGAGGACAAUCUCGAUACACAGGAUCGAGAAGCCAAGCAUCAGUCCAACAGCCGAGCAGCUGGCCAUCACGGCGUCCGUCACUGAUGCAAUGCACAUUGACGAAGCAGAACCUCGCCCGACGGGAGGUCAGCUCGAUGAUUGGCGAACGGAGUUCUUUGCUUACUUACCCGACGGCAUACUACCUACAGAGAAGUGGGAAGCAAGACGACUCAAGCGACGUAGUGCGCACUACGUCGCCAUGGACGGACAACUUCGUCGAUGGACCGCAACAAAAGUACUCCUUAAGUGCAUUUUUGGAUAUGAAACAAGACUUGUUAUGGCCGAAAUGCAUGAAGGAGCAGCAGGCAAUCACUCAGGAGGGCGAGAUAUCGCACUGAAGGUGAAGAACCUCGGUUUCUAUUGGCCAACAAUGAACGCGGACUGCGAGUAUUACAUCAAGAAAUGUGACAAGUGCCAACGACACGCUUCAACCAUCCACAGUCUGACGGAAUUGCUCCAUACCUUGACGGUGCCGUACCCCUUCAUGCGAUGGGGAAUGGAUAUAAUCGGGCCUAUGCCGAGCUCUCGACAGAAGAGAUUCAUCCUAGUCCUAAUGGAUUACUUCACCAAGUGGGUGGAAGCAGAACCCUACGCCAAAAUCACGGAUAAGGAGGUACAGAAGUUCGUCUGGAAAAACAUCAUCUGCAGGCACGGGCUCCCCUACGAGAUAAUCACCGACAACGGAUCGCAAUUUAUCUCACAUAACUUCAGAGAGUUCUGCGACAGGUGGAGAAUCCGUCUAAACAUGUCAACACCGAGAACCCCGCAGGGCAACGGUCAAGCCGAGUCAACUAACAAAAUGAUCGUCGACGGACUCAAGAAGUGA